UGGGAUGCGAGCUGGCCUCGCGGGAUGGCCAAUAGGCGAAGAGCGCGGUGGGCGGGGGCGGUGCGGCGGAGCCCCGGGACGCGCCAGCCUGCGGGACCCCCGGUCCCAUGGGGGAGGCUCCGGAGCUGGAUGCAGUGCUGGGUGGCGGCGGCUGGGACGUGGGGACAAGCUUUGAGGGUCCCCCCCCACCCACUGGUCCCAUCCGCCUGGGGAGGAACGUCUGCUACGUCGUCCUGGCCGUGCUCUUCAAUGAGGAGGACAGGGUGCUGCUGGUGCAGGAGGCCAAGCCCGAGUGCCGUGGGAGGUGGUACCUGCCAGCCGGCAGGAUGGAGCCCGGCGAGAGCAUCGUGGCCGCCAUGCGGAGGGAGGUGAAGGAGGAGACGGGGCUGGAGUGCGACCCCCUCACCUUGCUGGCGCUGGAGGAGAGGGGGCCGGCGUGGAUCCGCUUCGCCUUCCUCGCUCGCCCCACCGGUGGGACCCUGAAGACACUGGAGGAGGCUGACGCCGAGUCCCUGCAAGCAGCGUGGUGGGCUGGGGACCCCUGUGCGCUGCCCCUGCGAGCCCUGGACAUCCUGCCCUUGCUGGACCUCGCCGCACGCUAUCGCCGCAGCCCCCCGCACCCCGCCAUGCUGCCGCAGGAGCUGCCCUGCGCCCUGCUCUGCUUGCGGCUCCUGGUGGCCUUUGCCAACGACGCCGGGGACCUUUGGGUGCUGCUGGGCACAGCCGGGACCCCCCACCUGCCCGUGGUGGCCUGCGGCCUGUCUCCAGCCGAGCUCCGUGGGGGUCUCCGCCUGCCUGUGCUGCGGCUGCUACGGGACUGCCUGCCAGCAGACCCCCGCCCGGGACCCCUGGGGCUGCUGGGGCUGCAGCACCAGGCUGGGGGGCCCGGGGGGGCUGACGGCAUCUGCUUCAAUGUGCUGCUGAGCAUCCCACCUGGCAGCCCUCGGGCUGCCCCCCCUGAGCCCUGCAGCCCCACCGUCUGCUGGUGGCACGUGGAGGAGGAGAGCCUGAAGGGCCGCAUCCUGCAGCGGCUCCGUGCUGCGGCCACGGUGCCAGUCCGCAGCUAGUGCCUGGUAAGCCUCUGCCGCCUGGCUUUGGGUACAGGGGUCCCACUGGGACAUGUGGCCGGGGGUCCUGCUUGCAGUGCUGGAGGGGGGAGCCCCAGGAUGUGCUGCCCGAGGUUGGGGGGUGUUUUGGCGCGGGGUAUGGUGCUGUGUCCUGGCCUGGGGUGGGCCAGGAGCUGGCCAGAGCAGAAAUAAACCCGGCUGCUGCUUCUUGCA